AUACAAUGGACGAAGUUAAAAUCGCAGCCCAUAUGUUUGUAUCUGGACGAAGUCAUUGUGGAAACGGAGACUUGCGAGCAGCCCAGACCGCCAAACAGUCAGAACCAACAGACAGCAGCUGGAAAAUAUGGCUUUGUGGAUCGUGUGAUGGAUGGGAUCUACAUUCAUGUCAACUCGGUUGUUGUCAAGCUCGUGUCUCAUAAAUUCCAUGCAUCUUUACAGCUGUCAAGGGUGAAAGUGCAGUCAAUGACCCCAACAUGGCAAACUCCGACUGAGCUGAGAUCAACGAGAAUCCGGGACCAGGCUCGGGGAGAGGUUCUGCUGUUUAAGGAGAUUGAAUGGCAGACUACUCGGAUUGAAGCUACUGCAAUAGGCCUUGAUGAAGAUUUCCUAACUCCGCUGCGGUUGAUAGCCAACCAGGCCAAAAUCAGAAUUUGUGUCAAGAAAAGACUGAGCGACUGUGCCAUCAUUUCCUCAAGACUGGCCUUGCUGUUGGACGAUCUGCUGUGGGUACUGACUAUCACACAGCUCAAGGCAGCCAUUCUCUAUGCUAACUCCCUGAAGGAGGUCAUCGAGAGAUCAGCACAACAGAGCAAAAGAUUGGCUGCAGAGAAACUGAAGAAACAAGGUUACAUACCAGAAGGCAACCAGAACAGUCAGCAGCAGCAACAGAAGUCAACCCCAGAGAGGCAGGAGUCGACUACAGCCAAAUAUUUCUCCCGCUUUGAUGUGCUCAGUACUUCAUACCAUCUGAUUACCAGCAGGUUUGACCUUCAUCUGUGUGAUGACAGCAGUCCUGUUGAGGAUGUAAAGAGACACUGGAAAAUUAACGGAGGCUCCAUGCAGAUAACAUUCUAUAAGUUAUCCAUCGACUUCUAUCCAUUUCACCCAGCUGGGGGUGAAAGAAAGUCCUGGUACAGGUACACAGACAAUGUUGGGUCCCGAAACCCAUGGGUCAACAAACUGUUUGCCGAGUUCAGGGAGGAGGCUGUGAGGCUAAGGAAAGUCUGUGAGUCCUCACCCAUGCCAUCCUCCUCGUCAGCGCCAUCGCUGUUAACUCCACAAGUAUCUCCAACGCUAACUGGAGGGACACAGAGAAAAACAUUGUCGCCUGCCACAAGCCACUCGGUCACUACCAGCCCAGUCCACAGCACAAAUCAACCUCCAAGAACCGUCUCUGGAACAAAGUCAGCUCAAACAACGCCCCUACACCAGGUUCAGCCACCCAAGUCGACCAGAUUGCUAGAAAGUUGUUUUGUCGUCAAGGUUGAAGAUGUUACUGUCUACAUGGUGUCUAUGCCUGGAAAGAAGCGAACUGGCCCCAACAAGUUGUUGUGUUCUGACAAACGACAGCUUCACCUGCCACCAGACAUGUCUGUCAUCCAUGUUGAGUUCACAGAUUAUUUCUUCCCCGAGGGGCUGGACUACCCAG